UCAUCAAUAUGUGGAUUCCAAUUUGGGAUAUCCAAAUCAUUCCCAAUAACUGAAUAACUUGAAUAAGUAACUUAACUCUAUAUCUGAGGCAUAAAGUCUUUGUGUACAAUGACCUUGACCCCAGCUGAAGGUUGCUCAACAUUACCAACAUUGAUUGUCAAAUUGUGCAGGAAAUUUCAUGUUUUCCCUAAUGAACGAACAACUAUUCUCUCACAAGCUGAUGAUCUCCAAGUCUUACAGUAUUGUCUAGCUUUCCACAACCACAAGGUGAGCAAUGAUUUUAUAGCAGACCCUAAAGAGGUGUUAGAGAUGUUUGAGAACCUGAGACAAUUUAACAUCAAGAAAAUUGAGCAGGCUAUUGAGAAAUAUAAUGUCAGCGCUUUUGGGGAAAACUGUUCUGAUUGCUCAGCAGGUAGCAUGCUUUCUGGUGCUGAUGGUGUGCCUGUCUCUUUGGAGGAUUCUACAGUUGGUCCAGAUGUCUCUAAUGAAUUGGAGAUGGCUGACAAGAAUAGAGAAGCCCACGUCUUUGGCAUUUACCAGGAGUACAAGAAAAACAGUAAUCACUGGUCAGUUCUUGAUGUUUUUUUACACUUUGUUCAAGUAAUUACAGACUGUCAGGCUGAUCUGCGCCUGGCUUUGAAAACUAAUGCAGAAAUUGAUGAUUUAGAGCUGGAUGUGACCGAAUUUAUUUCUGUGCAGGCCAAAAUAUUGGAUGUUUUAAAAUCGAUGAAAGAACCUGCAAGUCAACCAAUGAAAGUUGCUUCUGUUGAUGAUGCUCUAUCCAAUGUUCCAAGUACUCUGCCCAUUAGUCCUUCCAUAAUAAAAACACCAAGCAGUCCAAGACAAAGCACAUCACCUGUGCCUAAUGAAGUACCCAGCACUCCAACCAACACACAAGUUUUAAGACAAAGCACAUCACCUGUGCCUAAUGAAGUACCCAGCACUCCAACCAACACACAAGUUUUAAGACAAAGCACAUCACCUGUGCCUAAUGAAGUACCCAGCACUCCAACCAACACACAAGUUUUAAGACAAAGCACAUCACCUGUGCCUAAUGAAGUACCCAGCACUCCAACCAACACACAAGUUCUAUGCUCUCAUAGUCAAAGCAUUUCACCAGCUAAUAUACUACCUAGAACUCCAUAUUCACCAUCACAGAGGAAAGAGUUGCAAAAGUUGCUGGUGCAAGACAUUUUCAGAUCAUACUUGCAUCUGCUGGUGAACUCGAGAAGUCAAUUAGCCUUUGCUCGUGUCUUCAAUAUUCCUGAGAGAGAGCUGGAUCACAUGGCCUUCACACAUUUAAAGCAUGAAGCUUCGAGGUCUGGACUUUCAUUGUACCAGACAUUGUCUUCGUAUAUGAGACGUAUCCAUCUUGGUGGAAGCGGAUAUGCCCCAUCACAGGAUAAUCCACUGAUGCAGUAUGUGAAAGGUCUGGGAAUGUUGUUAGACUUAACACAGAAACUUCAGACAGUUGUAGAGGAAGAGUUGGACCUCCAAUCUGCUUGUCGACGUAUUGUCAAUAUCAUAAAAGUUAACCUUUCUCGCUGCAAAAGUGGAAAAUUUCCAAGAACUUUGGUUGAUCCAGAAGCUGACAUCAUCUUAAAUAAAUUACUAGCAGCCAAACAAGAACUUGAGAAAUGUAAGGAAAGCAGUCCAGUGAGACCUAUCAAUUCUGGUGGCAGUGUUCUGGGCCGGCAGUGUAUGCGCGUGAUUCAAGCAUUUUUGGACCAGUCUGCACUGAGCAUCUCUGAACUUGAUCACCACUUGAUGUCAGACAUCCAGAUUUCAUCCCAGUCACCCACUCGUAUUCCCUGUCUGCUUACCCAGUUUAGGUCACCUGCAAUUGUUGACUUAGACAGCGACCAGCCUGAGGUUUCUACCAGUAACUUUAAGAGGACUACAAAUCUGUGCAAGAAACAGUUUGUUUCUUGUGCACUAUAUUUAGAAACGGAUAAAAUACCAGAUGAGUUGAUGAUGUCACAGGCCACACUCAGCACCAUUGAUGUUAUUCCGAGUAAAACAAUUGUGCAGUCUGGGGAAAAAGGGACGCUGGACAAUAAGUCAUCUUUCACUCACAAUUCUAAUUCUUUACCAUUGUUGGGCAAAGUUACCAAGCUAAAAGGAAACAAAAGAAGUCACAUGGCUGUUGCUGGUCAAGAAAAUCUGGUCACAGUUCCUGCCCUUGCAGAGGAAGUCAAAUCCAAGCAGCAGAAUACAGCUCUAAGCUCACCAAAGUCUUCCAAAUCAGGAGCUGCUCAGUUUAAAAAGGGGAAUCCUAAAAGCUCUUGUAGGAGGCGGCUAAUGCCACAGGUGAAAGGUCAGGCAAAAAUUACAGGAUUUUUUAGGAUGUAAAAUAGGGUUACAUGUUUAUUUUUUUAUAUAUUUUUUUAAUGAUAAAUAGGAAGAACUUUUUGCUUUAAUUUGAGUUUGCUAAUUAUAGAAAGUUAUAUCAGGAUUGUGUAAAUUGUAAAUGAACAUUUUUUGAUACGAAAGAGCUAUUUUCUUCUUACUGUACCCAUGAGGGUAUGUGUACCACACUUUUGGAAACACUGCCGCAUAAGAAUAUUCCAAUGUUUAAUCUAACUAUUUAUUAAACUCUGCCUUGAAAUGUUUGUUUUUGAGUGCACAGAAAUAAGAAUUUUACUUUGAGAAUAUUAUGUUACUCUUUCACCAUGAGACCACAUAGCAUGGUCGUUUUUUUUUUUCUUUUAGUUUUUUUUUUAUAUUUACUUUUGUAGAAAUUUAAAAGGUUGUGACUAUUGAAUUGUGUGACAUGUAACAUAUAAUAGCAGCACUAGAGUAAAUUAGUCUAACUUAGUGAUGCUAAUAUAUGAUAUAUAUAAUAACCAGAAUAUUUAUUUAUUUAAUAUUAAUUAAUUAAUUAAUCUUUCGUUGUGGCACAUAAGCUUCAGCUUAUUAUUUAGCUAUUUAUUGUAAAUGAAGUUUGGGUUUUAUUUAUUCAACUGUAUGUGUUUUUUUGUUGUUUUUUUUGUAACCUACUUUUUCAGUCUUGGUAAUAGCACCUAUAAACUUUGUUUUGUAAUAUUGACAAGACCUCCAAACUCAUGAUUGGAUACUAGUCUUGUAAAUGUUUUAUGUAUUUUGGGAUUGAUUAAUUUUUUUUUUAUUUCAUUAACACAUUUUAUGUAACAAACUCAAAAACAAAGACAAAAACUUAAAAGACAAUGCUAUGAUCUACUUUUAGUCAUUGUACAUCAGGAAGUCAAUAUUUUUGUCAUAAUUUCAAUGUAUGAAGUGUUUUUUUUUCUCUCCCUUAUAUUUUGCUCUAUUGGGACACUGGUUUGACUAGUGUUGGUCCUGCCCACAGGGCCAGCACUGCUGUCUUCUCCCAGGUAUAGGAUCAGGACCUUUUACAUCAUGUGGUCCUCGUAUUUGAUGUGAAUGUAGUGUGGGACCUCUGUCCCUCAACUAAUUUUAAGCCAUGUGGUCCAUUUGUCAGAUUUCCUGAGUUUAAUGGGAACUUCUGUCUUCCAUCGUUCAUCAGCGAAGGACUCAAAGAUUUUAUUAUUUUACUUUCAAGGAUAGCGGGUACUACCCAAUGUAAAGUUAUUUUGUUUUUUUCGUUCUCUAUCGUGAAGAUCUUGACUUUGAGGGUCUCUUGUCCCAAAGGACUUUCCAGUAUAUGUGUCUCACCCUUGCGCUGGUUGGGACUAGGAACCAAACAAGUGGGCUCUCAAACCUAUAAAGAGAACCCACUUCAUCCAGAUUCAGGUUUAAAAUGGUCUUGAGGCUUGCCAUUGUGGCUUUGAUGGCUCCUUAGCAUGCCAAUUUAAAUAGCAAAGUGACCGAAGGGGGAACCAGGCUACCUUCCAGAUCUUUUUCUCGACAGAGAAUGUAUUUAUAUAUUUAUAAAGGAAUCCAAUGAAUUCAAAUAGAAGUCAAGGAAAUUAAAGAAAUAAUGGACAUUAUACUCUUUACCUCCUACACGUUUCACUAGUUAGGUUUGUAAUAGACCCACUAAAGACAACUCUAAUCGAUAUUAUCACAUUUCAUUAUUAGUUUGACAUUCUUAUCCUUCACUCCAGCAUCCUGUUGUCUAUCUGACCCAUUUCCACACAGUCCUGACUACACACUUUCUUAGCUGUCCACUCAUCCAUGUACAAUAAAGGUCAACUGGUUUUUCCAUACACAGUCACUCAAAACAAGCACACUAUCACAAGGUUUGGCUUAAUACAUUAGAUGGAAGCUCUGUGACACCUGCCUGGUAGUAGACCAAUUUUUAUGGAAUUAUCUUAUUAUUUAUCAUAAUAGCCGUCCUAAAAAUGGUAGAGCUGUGCUUGUAUAUCUUAAUAAAAUGACUAGACUUUGCUAGCAAUGGUAUCCCACCAAUCUUUUGAAUAGUAAAGAGGAUUACUAUUCCAAAUCCAUACAAUCCCUCAAUUUUAAUUCUGUCUACUAUUUUCAGAUUAAGUGAAGAAUUAUUUUUACUUACCCUACCUUAUGAUUUGCUUUUAUUAAUUUUAGACCCAUUGGUCACAAACUGCUUCUAUAUUUAGGUUGCCUUGGGUUGUUGUCAAGGGGUUGAAUCGCUGGCGAGCAACUCCAAGCCCCAGUUCAGUCUAUUUGUGGCAUGAAUUUGGAACCUCCAACGUAUAUACAUCAGAAGUGAUAAAAAGGAAAACAAUAUUUAUAUACCUACAGCAAUCUGAAAUCAAAACACUCCAAGUACUUCACCUCGUUCAAAGUCUGCUACCCAGCUUCAACUCCAACAGCUUUUUUAAGGUUCUAGCUCUCUCUCCAAGCGGGACCAUGCGGUAUAGAAGACCUCAACACUGACCUGACUUUACAGGUCACAACCUGUGGGCAGUUUAGACCAAUAGCUUGUUGCCACAUCCACCGUUGUAAGCAUUAUGCAUCUGUAUUCGAAUCAUUUUGUGAGCUAGCUCAAUAUGGCUUGAGUCUACUUGUAUUGGACAUUUAUUUAAACUGUGACCAACAUGUAAAUUAAAUGUAUCUUGAUUUUAUGCUGAAUGGUAUAAACCUUUUAAAUGUUUCAACUUUCUUGUCUUCUUCUAAAACAAAUGUCUUAGAUGUUUCACAGUCAAUCUAUCAAAUGAAUUUUAAACGCUAAUUAGCCAUAUGUAGUUUCGUUAUAGUGCGGUGGUGCGCAGCCAUAGACCUACUGCAAGAUAGGGUUAUAACAUUGCUCCUUCCUAUGUCUAUUCGUCUCAAAAUGACUCUGUCCCGCCCUCCUCUUCACAAUAUUGGUACAACUGAUCGACAUGUACCAUCUUGCAUUUAGUUCGAGGGCCCCUCUGGGUACGGUAUACUACGUCGUUGAUCCGUUUCAAAAUCCGAUAUGGGUCAUCCCAAUCCUUUUGUAAAUUGGCGAUCUUACCUUCAAUCUCUUUGUUAGUACAGCCAAACGAGAUCAUGUUCUACAAAUCCAGUAGAAUUGGCUCUUCUAUCAUACCUGGUUUUCAUGAGGUCACUACUGUCCUUAUCCCAUUUCUGACACCAGUGUAAUGAUCAAAUGUUGGCAACUCAACGAAUACAGGUCUUUAUUAACAUGACAUCACAAACACAGAGCAUAUAACAGAGUCUUUAGCAUAGCUUCUCCAUCAGCUCUAGACUUGGGCGAAACUCGUUUGCUUCUUCUCUCUAAUGUCAACAUAGCUCUCUAGACUGUUCAUUUCUUAUAAAAUAAGAUAAGAUAACUUUUAUUGCUCCAAUCAUAUGGAAAUUCGGUUUCAUUACAAUUGACAACCUCAGCGUAAAUACUGUACAGAAACAGUAUAGAUGAACAUACGAACGACAUUCACACACGAAAAACACAUACACACUCAUAACCAGUGCUUUAUAAAUAGACUUCUAUGUACUUCUCGAUGACGAUAGAAUGUUUAAUUUUUAAUGUUGGUGAUCCAGGGUCUAUUAUUACUGAAUGUUAUAAUUUUCUUCUUUGGUACAAUCAUGUGUUCACAGACUCGAACUCAUCCUCUACGACCUCGUUUGUUUCGCUUUGUCUGUGUGUUGAUGGGCUCAUGGCGGUUUGUUAUGUAUCGGCCAUUUGUUUCCAAGAUGGCGGGUGUGUACAUUGAUUCAUUGAUGAUCAUAUUAUUUAUGCUAUCCACCGAAACACUAGUUUUUAACAUGCAACUAAUAAAAUAGUCCAUAAAAAUAGAAACACGUUUAUUCCCUGAAACACAAUACACAAUAUGAAAGGAAUAAUUUUAAAAAAUGCUGAUUAUGUCGCAAUGUAAUCAGGUCGCCUGUCUAACAGUGCGCUGGUACGCACCGUAUGAGUCCUUGUAGGAGCAGGAUUAUUACAAUAUGAUAAAAUACUGCACUUUUCCUUAAUAUUCAGAUUCUAACAAAUGUGGACAUCCUGCCAUUAUGUGCACACUCGAUUCUCCUUUAUUUUCAUAACUAUCAAGUGUAAGGAUCUGCCUUUCUUAAGUCCUGAUAAACUCGUUUUGUAUUGCGUCUUCUGUUUCUAGGAAGAGGUUUGCAACUCUUAACAACAUCCCUAUUAAGUAUGCUGCCUCUCAGAUCUUUUUCAUUGUAACAAAGUUGUUAAUUUUUCCUAGCCAUACUUUUUUCCCUUGGUAAAUGUCAUGGGUCAUAUCAUUGAAACCUGUUUAGACAUUGGUCUUUUUCAGGUUUAGUAGAAAUCAUUUAGUAUCGUAAUUGCCAAGGAGACAAAAUCAGUUAUAAAUAAGUUUCUAGUUCAACUGGAAUAUAACUGUUACAACACAAGACACUUGUCUCUGAAUUAUUUAAAUUAUUUUUUUUAAAUUUUCAUUGCAUACUCUUUCUUCAGCUUUCUCCAAUGUAUGAAUAUCUCAGUUAUAUCAAUAAAUACAAUGUCUUUCCAUAAUAUUUCGACUUCCUCUCUACCAUCAUGCCACAUUCGCACCACGCGCGCACCGACUAUAUAAAUACCUCUAUGUAGUUUAUUAUAAUUGUCUUACCUUACGCUAGACUUAUCAAGUCUGAUAGUUUUAGAGGGAUACUAGGGAUCAAAAGUCACCUUUACCACCAUCUUUACCACCACCUGUUGAAAGGCAGGUUUCGAUUACGUUCUUGUGGAGGGACUAGACUUAGGUCUCGUGCUAUUACUAGAGACUAGUGUUCUCAAUAGGGCAAUGAAACUUUCACGGUUUUGGGGGGCUUCACAUUUCUUAUAAGAAUGAUUGAUGCGCCAACCCGAUAGUGUUGAGGAAAGCCUUGUGACUUAGACUGUGGAUAAAUUCUGUGCACAGCGUCAUCGAUCUCCACAACUGUGUUCACAGAAAUAUAAGUUUUUGUUUCUGAUGCAAAAACAUUUAGACUUGUGUUGAUCGUUUCAUUAUUUGGUGUCCGAAUGGCUCUCCGUAAACUAGGAUGCGUCCUCUACGUGAAGGUUUCCAAUAUCCGGGUAUAUAUUCUUGUGCAAAGUUUGAACCAGGCGACUGUCAGAUUUAAGGAUCUCUGUGCUGCUCCUCUUGCCAUGUGAUUAUUAAGAUCCAUCGGAGGCAGCGCAACUGGGAUACAUUUAGUUUUCUCUCUUUUGCUUUUCAUAGGUAGUCCAUUGUUACGUUCUUUUCUAAGAUGAGACUCUUUGAACUAAAACAACAACGUCAUCGUUUAGAACUCAUUUAAUUUCCAUGAACACUCGAACACUAUUUGGUUUCUAUCUCUUCAUUUUGGUUCUCCUCUCCUUUCUACAAGCAUUCGCACCGUUUCACAUUUACACUAACAUGCGCACGUAACACCCCCCUUGUUCAACAAGUUCGAUGUACAUCGAACGUCCAAAAUACAAAUCACCAAAUAAAUCCUCAGACUAUUCUAAUUUUUAAAAGAAUUAUACAUUCUCUCUAACAUAUAGCACCAUAAUGUAAUACAACACAAAAUCAUACACUAUGCCAUGUUAUUAACAAUACAAUUCUAACAUUGGAUAACAUUUAUAUUCAUCAAUAGUGACAGUAACCAUCACAAUAAUAACUAUUAUUAUGGACAAUUGAAACAACUUCUGUCAACAUAUAUCUAUAUGUAAACAGUCAAUACUCCAAGUCAUCGAAAUAAUUUCACAGUUCUCCUAAUCAAAUGUACAUACAACUAGUCACAAAAACCGAUUUACGAAAAAAAAACAAUCCUCCGUUGAAAAAUCCGCGAUCAAAACUAAAGUCUCUUAACACAUUUUUCCUUAGUCAAGGUCAUUUACGCCCAACAGCAUAAACAACAAACACCCUACUUUGCACGUGGAAACAAAAAAAAUGGUUAGUCAGGGAGGAACAGGGUUACAACAAUGGUAUGCCAAAUAGACAUGUUUCACAUUUCAUUAACACCAUUCACCACAAUCCAUAUCUGCUCACUUAGUAUUGUUGUGCACACUUACACUUUGUCAUUUCUCUAUGGAAUAUCUAUGACACUCAGUGCCAGAAUUUUUCUCACAAAUGUGAAUCCAAUAAAAUAGUUUUGUUCUUAACAGAAUGUAAGUAGUUAUUAUAUACUCUACACUUUCCUAUUUCUCUGCUACAACAUUUUCUUUCCCUGGUAUUGUCCUGACCUCAAAUGUAUAGUCCAUCAGUUGUAAUGCCCACCCAGCAUUUCUAUUGUUACCACAUUUAUUUAAAUUAAUGAAUGCCAAUGGAGCAUGAUCAGUCCACAAUUGAAAUUUAGCCCCCAUCAGAUAAAAACUUAGCUUUGUUAUGCACCAAACAAUGGCCAGUCCCUCUUUUUCAAUAGUUGCAUAGUGUUAAGGCCUCCGCGCGGUGUUGAUUCUUGGCAAUCUGUCUAGUGUAGAUCUGACUGGAAGUAACGCUGAACUCAACUACUUCAGUAACACCGGCGAAAGGCCGAAACAAUCAAAUAUGUAGUCGACGCUGAUAUGUUGUUCUACAAAUAUGUUUAAUACUCAAGAAGGGAAUCGUCCGAUGUCAAUUAUGUCGUACUCAAGUCUACUACUCUACAAGAAGCGUCUUCCUUUUAGCGUCACUUAGAGCGUUCUUCUUUUUUAAAGAUCUGUCACGUCACUUGUCGCUAAUUAAAACUUUCCCCUUAUUCCCGAAACAAAUAACUAAUUCCUAAUCAUGUCAUAACAAUAGUUUAACUUCGGUGGACAACCUGUAAAGUUUUAAAGAGGCCAUUUCUGUUGACUGGAUCGUAGACCUUAGUCCGGUCAACGAAAGCUAUGUAUAAAGGCAUCCUUUGUUCUCUGCACUUUUACUGUAGCUGACGGAUGGAGAUUAGCAUGUCGAUUGUGGAUCUCCCUGAGUAAAAGCCACACUGGGAUUCUGCAUUGCCUGUCUAGCCCUAGCAUUCUUUUGUUUCCAAUAUUUAGUACCCACUGAGGGUGGGACAUUGCUGUUGCUGGUUCUCGGGCAGAUCACUGAUUUAACUAAAUUAUUUUGUGAUGCUGGACUUGAUAACUCAUUUUAGAUAACUUACUGAAUACAAAACCACAAAAAAAUAAAUUGCACCAGAGAUUGCUUCGAAUUAAAACUUAAAGCUAAUAAAGAGGGACAGUCCAAAUGUUCACAUCGCUAUAAUAUCGUAAGUCCAAAAUGUUCUCUGGUACUACUCGCAAAGCAUUUUGCGUUGGCCUAGCAAUGGUCGGAAUCGCUAUACGCGUUUCCUUUCUUUAAUCAAAACUAAAAUGGGCUGCUUCAUUGCAGGAUGUCCCUUCUGCUAAUGGUGUCUGGACAGAAGAUGUGAAGGAUUUUACAAAGCAAACAAAAAUAGUGCUUUUCUGAUGCAUCAGGUGUUCUCAGCUAUAUCUCAGUUCUAUAUUUAUCAUAUAGCAAAUUUUGAAUAAAAAUGUGAUUUUUUUGUUGACAAAGAAAUCUCACUUGAGCUGUAUGAUAUAUGGGUCAACAUUACAGUAUGUCUCUUACAAUAUUGUAUAUUAUUUUGCAUUUUAGUGAUUUGCAGAAUUUCACGUUUUAUCUUAACAAUUAUUUAGUGCAAAAGACUUAAAUAUUUGUAGAGUUUUAAGCAAAUGUAAUGCAUUUUUUUAGAAUAUAAUGUAAGAUGGUUCUUUUUUUUUUAUGGGACCUUCAUAUAUAAACAUUUUUUCUAACAUAGUAUUGUUAAGGCUUCCGCGCGGUGUUGAUUCUUGGAAAUAUAUCUAGUGUAGAUCUGACUGGAAGUAACGCUGAACUACUUCAGUAACACCGGCGAAAGGCCGAAACAAUCAAAUAUGUAGUCGACGCUGAUGUUGUUUUACAAAUAUAUUUAAUAAUCAAGAAGGGAAUCGUCCGAUGUCAGCUAUGUCCGUAAAUCCGUAUAUCUAUUGUACUGCUCUACAAGAAGCGUCUUCUUUUAGCGUCAUUUAGAUCGUUCUUCUUUUUUAUCCAACUUUACGUCAUCGUCGCUAAGUAAAACUUUACCCUAUUCCCGAAACAAAUAACUAAUUCCUAAUCAUGUCAUAACAGUAUGUAAAUGCAUUUUCUCCCUGACAAUUAAAAUUAUCAUUAUGACUGGUAUUAUGAAAUAAAAAGUAAAGAGUUAUGUUAAAAAACAAUUAUUUGGAAGCUCUUAAACAUCAUUCAAUAAAUGACAUAAUAUACUGAAGAAAUGAUUAAAGAGUGCAGUAUAUUUGACACACAGAAUGACCUAAAAUCAUCUCUAAUAUUACAAAAUAACUUAUAUUUUUUUUUAAAUAUAGAACAACGAUUUCUAACUGCAUUUUAACAUUACGUAGCUUUCUUACUACUGGUAUUGAAAAGUAAUUUAACUAUUAUUUAAUACAAUACAACAAACUUGACCACCAUUUUAUUAACUCACACUCUUUCUCUGUCACUUCCAUGCCUUUUGUAAGCAGACAUUAACACUAUCAACUAUUCAUAAUGCUUUAGCCUCUUUAUUGAAGUAUUCUCCCAUAAUGAAGAAUAGGGAAUUACAAACAUUAUUUUCUAAGACUCACAUAAAACGUCACAUAAAAAUAAUUGUUGUUCUUUGCAUCAUAAAUAGGAGGUGCAGUAGCUGAGUGAUAAGCGCUUGGCUUUUGAAUCGGGGGUUCUGGCUAGCUCAGGGAACCUAUUCCAUGCUCUAAUAGCACUAGCACUAGGGAAGAAUGAUCAUUUGUAUAAAUUUGUCCUAGCCAUUGGAACGAGGAAUGUUCCUUUAUCUUUGUGUCUUUCUGAGUACUUUAUUAAAUGUAUAUAUAUGUAUGUGCCAAGUACAUGUCAAUGAUAAAGAAGCGUAUUAUAUGUGGUGUAUUUUAGGGGUGAUAUGCUUUAAAACAUUUAUCAUUAUUAAUACAUUUUUGAAAUGGUGACAGUCUUAGGUUUUAAUUAUGUUUUUUUUUUUAAAUGCAAGUACAUGAACACGUGAUUAUGUUGUCAUAAAUAAACUUUGUUUUGCCACUCA